CAAAGUACAAGUUGAUCAUAUAUAAUGUAUAAAUAUAUUGAGCUCCUCAUGAAACAAACUCACUUGUAUUAACAAUUCAUAGUUGUCAAUCAAAUCUUUUUCCUACAUUACAUGUUUGAUAUUUCUCUCUCUUUUUUUGCUCAAUUCAAAUAUCAAAAAAAUGGAUUUCAUACUAAGUUCCACACUUUCCUACCUAUAUUUCACAUUAUCUCUAUUUCUCCUUUUCAAAUUUCUCAACCCAACCAAAAAAAUAAAUCAAAAAAGUCAUUCCAAACUUCCACCAGGUCCUUCACCACUUCCCAUAAUAGGGAACCUUUUAAACCUAGGCAAUAAACCACACCAUUCUUUAGCAAACCUUUCCAACAUUCAUGGCCCAAUAAUGACACUAAAAUUAGGCCAAAUAACAACCAUAGUAGUUUCAUCAUCAGACAUAGCAAAAGAAAUUCUCCAAACACAUGACAACUUACUCUCAAACCGAACUGUCCCGGACGCACUAUCCGUUCUCAACCACGACCAAUAUAGUUUAUCUUUUAUGCGUGUUUCGCCUCGUUGGCGUGACCUAAGAAAAAUUUGCAAUAAUCAGUUGUUUUCGAGUAAAACACUCGAUUCGAGCCAAGCGCUAAGGCGUAGGAAAUUACAAGAUUUUCUUGAUGACAUUGAAAAGUGUAGUGAAAAUGAGGAAGCUGUGGAUAUUGGAAGAGUUGCUUUUAAGACGACGGUUAAUUUGUUGUCGAAUACUUUUUUCUCGACGGAUUUUGUGAAUUCGGCCGAGGAGGCUGGAGAGUACAAGAAGAUUAUUGUGAGUAUAUUGAAGGAAGUUGGAACGCCGAAUUUGUCGGAUUAUUUUCCUAGGUUGAAGUUUUUUGACUUGCAGGGUAUUAGAAGGCGUUCAGUUGUUUCUGUUAAUAAGGUUUUAAGUAUUUUUAGGAGAUUUGUUGGGGAAAGGUUGAAAAUGAGGGAAGGUACUGGUUGUAUUGGAAAUGAUGAUAUGCUUGAUGCUUUACUUAAUAUUUCUUUAGAUGAUGGGAAGAUUGAGAUGGAUAAAGAUGAGAUUGAACAUUUGUUACUGAACUUAUUUGUUGCAGGAACAGAACCAGCAACAUAUACACUAGAAUGGGCAAUGGCAGAGUUAAUGCACAAUUCAGAAAUCAUGAGAAAAGUACAAAAGGAACUCGAACAAGCUGUUGGCAAAGGUAUUGCAAUACAAGAAACAGACAUAGCCAAACUACCUUACAUGCAAGCAGUCAUAAAAGAGACAUUUCGUUUACAUCCAGCAGUUCCGUUUUUACUUCCUCGUAAAGCCGAAACAGAUGUCAAAAUUGGUGACUAUAUUAUUCCAAAAGAUGCACAAAUUUUGGUUAAUGCUUGGAUUAUUGGUAGAGACCCAAAUAAAUGGGAUAAUCCCAAUGUUUUUCUACCAGAGAGGUUUUUGGAUUGUGAAAUUGAUGUUAAAGGACAUCAUUUUGAGCUUAUUCCAUUUGGGUCUGGUAGAAGAAUUUGUCCUGGUUUACCUUUGGCUAUUAGAAUGUUGCCUUUGAUGUUGGGAUCUUUGAUUAAUUGCUUUAGUUGGAAACUUGAAGAUGGAUUGAAUGUUGAUGAUUUGAAUAAGGAAGAUGAAUAUGGGAUAACUUUGGAAAAAUCUCAACCUGUUAGAAUUGUUCCAAUCAAAUUGACGGAAAAUAAUUAUAUGUUGUAAUUGCGUUAAUGUAGUAAUCAUUCUUGACCGCCUGAUUAAAAAUGAAGUUGAGAUUAAAACAGUUUUCAAUCUACAUUGAUCAAUUAGGACCGUCUUAUCACUUUUGAACGGCCAAAAUUUAUUACUGCGUGUAACUAUAGGAAGCAGUUACGGCAGACAAUCCUGAUCCCAAGUUGAAUAAACAGUAUAGUGCAGUA